ACGUGGUGGUGGUCAUGUGACUGGAGUCUUGCAUGCGUUUCGAUCUUUGACAAAAUUUUCAAUAUUUGCAUUAAGUUUGUGAUGGAAAAUACAGAAAGUCACAGCAAAGUGACAAUAACAGCUCGUUUCAUUAGAUCCUUUGAACACCGAAACAUAAAACACCUAGUCCUUCAAAAUGUUGACACUAGUAUGAAGACAGAUGAGUUUUUAGCUUUGGCAAUAGAGACGCUAAAGAGCAAAUCAAAUAUACCAACUCCAAUAAGGAAUUAUAAUUAUAACACAAUGAAAUUGGAACAUAAAGCUCAUAAAUAUAAGGCAAAUAAUCCUUUGAUAAAUACUGAAAACGAUGAAGAAUUAAUACUUUCGAAAGAUGCACUCCUUAAAAACUGCGGUAUAGAUUGUGAAUGUGACAUCUCAUUUUUCAACAGAGAAGACUAUCAAAAGUUCAAAGAAAAUCCUACAUAUAAACUAGAAUAA